AUGCAAGCGCCAGCACAUAAAAACUGCGCCACAAACUCCCAUGCAUGGCCUGUGCCUCUCGCGGUUGGAAUGGCCACCCAAGCGAUAACGAGUCCCGAUACGCGAAGCAGUGUCUCUGACGAGAAACACACCCCAAGCCCAGUCGAUGAGAAAGGGGGUCUCAAGCGAGACGACAUCGAGACUGCGAAUGAACCAGCGGAAGGCGAGUUCGCAGUCCUUGACGACGAGCGGGAUAUUGCUACCCAUGUGAUCAUGGUGGAAGACGAUGAGAGUUUGAACCCGUGGACUGUCCGUGCAUUCGUCCUUGGUUUGGGUCUAUCUGCCUUCGGUGGUGUCUUGGCCGAAAUCUACUACUUCAAGCCCCAAACCGUGCUGGUGUCGACAAUGUUCCUUGCUAUCAUUGCGUUUAUCAUUGGCAAGGCCAUGGAAAUGAUCCCGGCCGUAGGCCCACUGCGCUACCUGAACCCUCACCCCUGGAAUAAAAAAGAAAAUGCGAUGGUCGUUAUAAUGGCUUCUGCGGCCGCCAACUCAGCGCUAGCCACGGAGGUCCUCGCUGUCCAACGCCUCUUCUACAACUUGACGCCAAACCCGGGAGCCUCUAUAUUUCUGUUGUUUAGCAGUCAAUUGGCGGGCUAUGGGAUUGGUGGUUUAUUCAGACAUGUGCUACUAUACCCGUCCAAGAUGCUCUACCCGGGCGUCAUUCCGUUGAUUUCCAUGUUGGAUGCGCUGUUCAAAGAUGCUAAAGAGGCAGCCAAGAAGAAGCGGUUGUUCUGGAUCGCAUUUGCCGUAAUUUUCUUCUGGGAAAUUCUCCCGGAGUGGAUGUUCCCGCUGCUCACUGGGUUUUCCAUCUUUUGUCUUGCGAACCCCCGAUCCCAAGAUUUCACUCGCAUCUUUGGUGGGUCGAACGGUAAUGAAGGCCUUGGCUUGCUAUCCAUUUGCUUCGAUUGGCAAUACAUAUCUGCAGGCUAUAAUCCGAUGGCAAUUCCACUCAAGGCGCAGUUCUCCAAUUUCAUUGGAUAUGUUCUUUGCAUGGUUGUGUUUGUUGCCGUGUACUACAACAAUAUCUGGAAUGCCAAAACAUUCCCAUUCGUAAAUCUAUUCCACAGUGGUGUCGAGGUGAUCACUGAAUAUUUUCAGUUGUCUCAAGAGCUGUUUUAUGCCAAUGGAUCCCUUUAUGACCAACUGUUGAUCCUUGAUGAAAACCUGGAGGUUGAUCCAACGUUACUUGCUCAGCAAGGCUUACCUUUCUACGCCUCAACAUGGGUUGUUCAACUUCUGGUGACCAAUCUCGGCAUGGCUGCGACUUUCACCCAUCUUCUCCUGUGGAACCGGAGUGACCUGAGAGCGGCAUGGAGCUGGGCGACACCAUCGGCUCUAAAAGCUUCCUGGGCUACGUUCAAUUGGCGGUUCUGGCAGGAGGAUGGGAUGCGCAACGUUCCUAGCAAAGACGACGACACCGUCGAUCCGCAUUAUCGGGAGAUGUUAAAGUAUCCCGAUGCGCCAAACAGUUGGUACUUCGUGACCCUGCUCAUCUCAAUCAUCAUCGCGCUUGUUUUGAUCUACAAGACUGACUCGACGCUGCCUUGGUGGGGACUGCUGGUUUCGCUUCUUCUCGGAACCAUCUCCAUCAUCUUCUUUGGCGCGCUUUAUGCUAUUACGGGGUUGCAGUUCAUCAUACAGCCUUUCGUCCAGAUGAUUGGCGGGUUUAUUCAUCCUGGAAAGCCUGUGGCGAACAUGUACUUCGUGUUGUUCAGCUACAACUCCGUCAUCCAGGCUCAGCUUCUGCUUCGAGACUUGAAGAUCGCCCAAUAUACGAAACUCCCCCCUCGCGCCGCAUUUACUGCUCAAAUUCUCGGCACCCUCUUUGGUGCCGUCCUCAAUUUUGUGCUCAUGAACUCCAUCAUCGACGCUCAGCGACCGAUCCUGCUCUCUGUGGAAGGGACCAAUAUUUGGUCCGGCCAACAGCCACAGCAGUAUAACUCUCAGGCGAUCGCUUGGGGUGGAUUGAGUCAUCAACUUUUCGCUCUAAAUCAACGCUACGAGUGGGUUGCGUGGGCUUACGUUGUGGGACUUGCUGUUCCGGUCCCAUUCUGGAUCGCUUACCGCUACUUCCCCAAACUCCGGACCGACUACCUGUACACUCCGGUCAUUUGUUAUUAUAUCGGCUGGCUAUGCGUAGGUAUCAACUCUUCCGUCUCGUCCUACUUCGUAAUUGCGUAUUUAUCGCAAUGGUGGCUUCGCACUCGCUACCCGCGUUGGUUCACGAAAUACAACUAUGUUCUUGCCGCUGCGCUCGAUGGCGGCACGCAGGUGAUGGUCUUCAUUCUCUCAUUCGCUGUCCAAGGCGCUUCCGGAAAUUCCCACUUGUUCCCACAAUGGUGGGGCGCGAAUCAAAACGGGAAUUACGACCGUUGUGCUGUGGUACCGAGCCCCUAG